AGAUGACAGACAUAUCGGAAAUAGACAUGUUAAAAAUGCAAGUGGAGCAGCUCCGGAAAGAACUGAAAGCAGAACGAGGAAUGGUGUCUAAAAGCGCCACGGAACUGAAAGACUGGAUGGAAAGCAUGGCAGCAGAGGACAUGCUGCUGAAGGGAAUACCAGAGGACCAGAACCCAUUCAAAGAGAAGGGGGGGUGCGUUCUAUCGUAA